UCCGCCUGAAUAACACGGUCUAUCUGAUGGUCCGACACGUUACCGUGGAGGAUGGGAAGUUGUAUGUGUGUCAAGUGCGGGAAAACGGAGACGUUGUUCGCACAAUAGAAGCAGAUUUUACUGUAGACUCAAUCACAGCUGAACCAGCUGCUGCAGUGACCGAGGGAGACACCGUCACCCUGAUCUGCUCUGUGUCUGACGUCACUGAACCAAUGAGACUGGUUUGGAUCAAUGGUGAUGGUGAAACUGUUGGAGAAAAGUCACUGAAUGGGGAAGAGAAAUCACUGAGUCUGAUGAUGGAUAAAGCUGACAGAGGCAGAGGGAACUGGACGUGUGGUUUGUUUCAUCAAAGCAGACUCCAGCUUUCAGUCCCGGACAUUCUGGAAUUCAGAGUGACACCACUUCUGGACAUUUGGAUCAUCACAGUUGCCGGAUAUUUGUUUGUGAAACUGGCCGUUGGUCUCGGACUCAUCUGCAGCUUGAUUUGGAUGAGCAGAGUAAGAAUUUCUUUCAUCUUUCCAGCAAAUCAGAAAUUAAUAGCAGGCUGUCAGACUGAGAACACCGUGUUCAUUGACCCAAGAAUGGCCUGGAUUUUCAUGAUCAAAGCUGCAGUUCCAUUUGCAGAGGGGGAGACUUAUUUGCAGAUAAUAAUUCAUCCCUUAACUACUUGAUUUUACAGAUGCGUUAAAAUGUCCUGAAAUGUCUUAAUUAUUUUUAUUUACAAUUUUUGAAAAAUAAUUUUAAAAAUAAUUGUGUGAUUAAUUUUGUAAUUGUGUUUGAAUGUUUGUGAAUGUGGAUUAAACUUAUUAAUG